AUGCGACAUCCCUCAGUCCUGGAGGUGUACCAGUUCGCGCGCGACGCGGCGGUGGCGGAGGCGUGGCUGAUCGCGCAGGAGCCGUACCUGAUGUCGCAGGAGCUGGGCCACACCAUCGACGAGGUGGAGAGCCUCAUCAAGAAGCACGAGGCCUUCGAGAAGUCGGCCGCCGCGCAGGAGGACCGCUUCAGCGCGCUGCAGAGACUCACCACGUUCGAGGUGAAAGAGAUGAAGCGCAGACAAGAGGCGGCCGAGGCAGCGGAGCGGGAGCGGCUGGAGCGCGAGGCGGCAGCGGCGGCGGCGGCGGCCGCGCACGACGCCGUGGACCGCGCCGCUUCGCCCGAGCCGCAGCCGCAGGUCGUAAGGAGAACGUCCACUAAAGCGGCUGAGAAGGCCCAAGAGCGACCGCAUUCCCAGCCAGAGACGCCUAGCCCCGCCCCCUCCCCCGCGCCGGCCGCGCCCGCGCCGGGGCCCUCCCCGCCCCCGACCCCGACCUCGGCUCCGGCCAAACAGACGCCAGUCAAACCUGCACGCCUCUCCACAGCGGGUACGAGUUCGACUCCCGCGACACCGUCUACAUCCGGUAAGGUGAAGUCGCGGUCGCGAAGCAAGUCUCCCUUCCGAAGCUUCCGUUGGCGCACCGCGAAGAAAUUACUCACCGGAGCACCCCAUAGCGAUGAUGAAGAGGGCGCGAGUCCCGCAGGAGAGGACGAGGGCGUUGAGGGCACUUUAGUCCGCAAACACGAAUGGGAAUCCGCUGCUAAACGAGCGUCAAACAGGUCAUGGGACAAAUUGUACGUGGUGGCUAAGGACGGGCGCAUGGCGUUCUACAAGGACCAGAAGUCGUUCAAGGCGUCGCCCGAGCAGCACUGGCGCGGCGAGGCCCCGCUGGACCUAAACGGGGCUGAUGUGGAAGUUGCAGCUAAUUACACGAAGAAGAAGCAUGUCUUCCGUCUAAGGCUGAGCAACGGCGCGGAGUUCCUGCUGCAAGCGCACGACGAGGCGGAGAUGGGCGCGUGGCUGGAGGCGCUGCGCGCGCGCACGGCCGCGCCCGCGCCGCGCUCGCACACGCUGCCCGCGCACCACGCCGGCGAGCCCAAGCGCAGAUCCUUCUUCACGCUCAAGAAGAAC